AGAACCUGUCUACGUGAAUACUUUCGCUUUGUUGCCCAUCAUGCUGGAGUCGCAAGGUCUUAAAACAGCCGAAUACCAUUACACGUGGAUUGAAAGAACUAUUUGAUUCAGCUUGAAGUUGGGAUAAAAGGACAUUGAGGCUGAGAAACUUGAUCAACUGACGUUGUUGAUCACGUUGUUACCAUCUACUCAUCAAUGCCACACCUUUCCAUUUUCCAGGAAUAACUUUUCAGAAUGUCUUCUGAUGCACUGUGGAGUUGUGCAGCCGUUUAGAAGGACCGUUGUAUUCCGUAUAUCACAGAAGCGAGAAUGGAUCCCCAUGGCAGGGACUCUCGUUACACAUUGGAAAUGGGCGAUGCUUCCUUGUUCCCAGAAAUGUCAAUCAUGUCCAUUGAUAACCGAACGAUCUACAGUCCACCAGAACCUGUUGCAGCCUCCACUGUGGUACGCAGUAGUGUGAACAGAAAUAACAGAGGCAAACCGAAGGAAAAGCCUCCAAUUGUGGAACAUGCGCGACCCAUGCAACCGGGUAAACAAAGAGACUAUGACGACCCAAAAGGUUCUUUUUUGGACUGUGAGCCUUGGUCAGCCCCUCAAGGUCAGCCAAAUGACAGAGUGGCCAACCAGGGCCCGGUGGCAUGCAUCUCCUUCAGUGAUCAUUGUGGACCAGGGACUGCAUAUAGUGGUCAGGGAUAUCCAAUAAACAGCAGGAAAGGAUCCAACUCAGAGCUGGUACUGCCCCCUCAUGCUGGUGGUGAUGCCAACCGUUCCUCGCUGGGUAUUAUCCCUCAGGAAAUGAUGCAAGACAAUUCCUUUUUCAAUAUAGAAGAUGUGUCGUCUUCAGAGUUAAUGAACUUUGGACAGGAGGCCAGAAACACACAUCAGUCCAACAGACAGCAAAUGUCAGGUUUAUGUAGCUCAUCUAAAGAUUCUCAUGGAGUGGACUCCUCCAGCGAACAGACAAUGGCGCGAUCCCACGCCAUGGGAACGGUGAAGAAACAAACAGCAGCAGGUCAAUCAGAGCGGCCUCAAGGGGGCGGGGGUGCACUGUCUGUGGUACAGACUCUGCUGGGGGCAGGGAGUGGGCUACAGGAGGGAGAAGAGGCAGAGGCGAGUAUAUGUGAGGUGCAAUUUGAAGACGCAGAACUGGCUGAUCUUGACGAUGAUUUCAGUGAUUUCGGAGAACUUCAAUUUGAGAACGAGCCAGAGGAGGUGGAGAAGGAGACCAAUGGUCACAAUAAUUACAGAGAAGAAGAGCACUUCCCAACAGGAGCUGAAGACUGGUUUCAGUAUUACUGUAGCACCAAACAGAAGUCAACCACAAGUGACAGCCCUGUGUCUAUAGCUUUUGAAGAUGAUCAGCUGGAUGUUAACAAGGAGACCUGCCCCCAGCAGGGCCCCUUGGCUAACUCUGACAGUGCUGACACAGAGGAUGAACUGGAGGCUGUUAGAAGUGCUAUGAGACAGUCCUUGAACAAUGACCGACAGAAUGGGGUAGGCAGUUGUGAGGAGAUUGCUGACGAUAAUAUCAGACCAGGGCUGGAGGGAGGAAGUGACCAUUUCACUGAUGGCUCAUCUCGCCCUAACACAUUUGUAAGACAGUCAGCUGAGGGAGAAGUGGUUAUCUCCCCUGUCCCUGGGGACUGGGGUGGCGGAGGUGAUGGAAGCAGUGCUCCGGGAAGCGAGGAUGAACUGUUUGUCAUUGAUGGCCCCCCUGUGUUUGUGAGACCUCAGGACCCAAGGCCAUUACAGGUACCACAGGAUGAAAGACGUAUUCGGCCAGUGGGAGAUGAGACAAGGGAUUCUGUUGGAAUGCAGAGCAUGGUAAACCAGCCUGUCCUGGACUCGAUACAUUUCAAACCACUGGAAAUGACGCACAGUGGCAUUGAUGACUUGCAGCAGGUUGGGGGUGGCCUGGCCGAAGAAAGCAGCUACCAUUUUGAGGACUUUCUCCACUCCUCACAUAGCGAGCAGAACCAGGGGGAGAGGCUGGAGGCAUCAGGAUUUUGUCAGGAUGAGGACUUCCCGUUUGGAGGCAGGAAUUCCCUGGGCUCAUUUGGGGCCAGUCCGGAAAAGGAUGAAGCCCAGAGGCCAGCUCUUACAUCCAAUGAGCUGGUGUAUCCUGAUUUAGCAGAGGCGAAUGAUGACAAGCAUCAGGACACGAUUGGCUGUACAGACACUGAUAAUAAACCUGUCUCAAAGAUUAAGAAGACGUAUGUGUCUUCCGAGAGUCCUGUGUACAUAGAUGAGAACGGUGAAGGAGUGACGGACCUUGCCUUCCAGACCUCCCUGGCUCAGGAAGCAGCUUUCCAGAAGCAUAUGUUUGAGGAGUGGGGAAAGGACCUGCCUCUGGAGGACCCUCUGGCUGCCAGUAUGUGUCGCGAACAGGAGGAGUUUAUGGACAGAAGUGAUGCAUUGAAAAUGUUGCAAAGUGAUGAACAACAGUUUCAGGAAGAAAACAUAUUUAUUAAGGAUGACAAGAUGGAAGCUAACCCCAACUCUGGUCUAGGGGAUGAGUCGUGGUUACUUCAGACAUCUAUCUACCUGGCUCAGAGUACCAGAAUGGUGGACAGGCUCCAUGAGGGAGACGCCUGUAUGAGGAUAUCUAUAGGCGAGUUCAUGAGAAGUCGCUCAGAAGCUCUUGGAUCAUUAGAUGGGGACGCAGGCAUUGAUAGGCCACAGUUUGGUGCCAGUAUAAUCACUCCCCCAACUCAGAGAGCUCCUGUAGCUUUGGUGAAGGAAGCACCUUGCCUGAAAGUUUGUGGGACGCAGAAUUCCUCAGGGACGAGAGAAGACGGUGUUGGAUACGAUACACAAGGUGAGACAAUAUGGAAGGCUCUCUUGUCAUUUCCCUGACAAGCCAUGCAACAUGCUUUUGGAUUAUUAUGUUUCUUUUUUGCUCAGGGGCCUCUGUGGCUCAGUUGGUUAGCGCGCUAA